UUCCUCCCUCUUAUAGGCCUCUCUGCCUUAUCCAUAUGCACGCGCAAACAAACACACACACACACAUGAACACACGAUAAUAUCUUCAUGUCCUUAGUCCCCUCAGAUGGGCAGCUCUGAAUUCACUAAUAGGAUUGGGGAGGGAAGCCUCAAUGUGUCAAGACAGCCUGAGAGCUGAGGCUAAGUGGGUGACCAGGAUUGCAGAGGGAAUCAAUCGAGAGAGGUAAAUCUCCCUUCCCCCACCUGCUCCAGUGACCAUGCACUUAUUAGGAUCCUUCAGCCAGAACUGGGUGCGAUGGCAGAACAUACAGAAGGGAGCUCUGAUGCCACGGGCUGCUUUUCCUGCUCUAAAGAUUCUGUUCUUCCUGAAGGAGAUUGAUGACUUGAAGUUUCAGUAUGAGCAGAUGAUCUCUGAGCUCUUGAAAUGGAUUAAACAGAAAGUAGUAGAGUUGGACGAUCGCCACUUUCCCAACUCCAUACAGGAUAUGUGGAUGCUUAUGGCCAACUUCAAGACCUUCCGCACGGUAGAGAAGCCCCCCAAAUACCAAGAGAGGGGCAUGAUUGAAGCCCACUUUUUCCACAUCCGAACCAAGCAAAGAGCCAACAAUCAACGGCCAUAUCUGCCCCCUGAAGGCAGGACACUGCAAGAUGUGGAAAAGCACUGGGUCAUCUUGGAGAAAGCGGAGCACAGCCGGGGAGAAGCGCUGCAGCAAGAGAUGCAGAGGCUGGAGAGAGUGGAACAGUUGGCCCAGAGGUUCCUGAAGAAAGCAGCCCUGCGUGAGUCAUACUUGGAGGACAUGAGGAAGGUGCUCAGGAAGCAGGACUUCCAGCCAGAGAGUGUGGACAAGGUGGAGGCUGCCACUAAGAAGCUUGAGGCUAUUGUGGCAGAUGUACUGCCCAGGGAGCAGCGCUUCAGAGCACUGAAUGACAUGGCGUCUGUUAUAACCCGAGAGAACUAUCAUCACAAGAUCCAGAUCAUAAAGAAGCAAGAGGACAUUUCCCAACAGUGGCAGGAUCUACUGGAGCAGCUCCAGAGACAGAAACGCUCUCUGGGAGCAAUGCAGGAAACUCUGGGCCUUCUGAGGGACAUUGAUACCAUUACAGAGGAACUCAAAAGACUGCAGGCACUAGUGACAUCUCAGGAUUAUGGGAAGCAGCUCUUGGAGGUAGUAGAUCUGUCGCAGAAGCACAAUUUGGUUGACUUCCAGAUCACUUCGUAUGAUGAUAGGGUGAGGUACAUCACCCAGAGGACAGCAGAGGCCACCAAAGGCAAAGCAAUCAAGUCAGAUGUGCUUCAUGCCAAAGCUCGGAUGCUCCAUCAGCUGUACCAAAACCUUGUGGCUCUCAGCAAAUCCCGACAAUCCCAGCUACAGGAAGCGUUGAAGCUUUUUGAGUUUUUCCAUGACGGUCAGGAAGAAGAGUCAUGGAUCUCUGAGAAAUGGCAGCUAGUGAGGACAGCAAUAUUAGGACGAGAUCUCCGUCAGAUUACUGCCUCUAUUCAGAAGCACAAGGUUCUAGAAGUUGAGUGCAACUCCCACAAGGCGAUUUGUUCCAAUAUAGUGAGGAAGGGCUGGGAGCUAAGUCAAAGGAACCACUCAAACCAGAGGGAUAUCCAGAUGCAGACAGACAGGCUCCAGAAGCUGUGGCAACAGCUCCAAGACGAGGUGGCCAAUCGUAAAAUCCGUCUGCAGGCAGCUGCUUUAAUCAAACAGUACUUUGCUGACAUUGAUGAAGCAGACUCCUGGCUACGGGAGCGGCAGCCCCUCCUGGCCAGUAAGGAUUAUGGGAAGGAUGAGUCCAGCGCAGAAGCCUUGCUACACCGCCACUUGCGACUGGAGAAGGAGAUCACUGGCUACUGCUUGGAGAUGAGGCGCCUGGAAGAACAAGCUCGUACUGUAGCAAAGCAGGCUCCAUCUGCGGUGAUAUCAGUGCCAGUGGUGAAGUCUCAGGUCCAGAGUAGCCUACCCCAGAGGAUUGCUAAACUACCGUCAAGCCGCUCUGUGCGCUGGGGAACCCCGGAAAUUGGAUUUUCUAAUCCACCUGAUUCAGAUCCUCACUUUGUUCCAGAGAACAUCUGGAGGACCCAGAAUGAAAUAAACUUGCUUUAUGAGAAUCUUCAGACCAUGGCUAAGCACAGGAAGAAAGGUCUGGAGGAGAUGAUCCGAUUGUACCGCUUCUACAGCUCCUGUGAAGAGUUUCAGUCUUGGAUGGAAGAUAAGGAGAAAAUUUUCCGUACCCUUCAGCCUGGAGCAGACAAUGUGGAGGUCACACAGCAGAAAUAUGAGAGCUUUCUAGUGGAAAUGGCUGCUGGGAAAAUCCAGCUGGGAGAGAUCAAAUGCCUAGCAGAUAAGUUUGCAAAGAGCAGUCCCAGCAAACAGAAUGAGAUCCAAGCCCACCUUAAAGAGCUCAAUAGGAGAUGGGAGCGCCUGGAAACUCUGAAGGAGGAAAAGGGUGCAGAGCUGAUUGGGGUGGCUGAUGUGAGGACAUUCCUCCAGGACUGCGAGAGCACCAGAGGGCUACUACAAGACAAGCUGGUCCAUAUCAAGGGUGUGGAACCUGGAAACACACCUGCCGUACUGGAAGCAGAUCGGCGCAAGCUGUCUGCCUUUGACAGGGAGGUCCUGGUGCUGGAGAGGAAAAUUGAAUACCUGAAGAGUGUGGCCAAAUCGAUUAAGGACACCAACCCUGCAGAGAGCAGGGCCAUCAAACAGCAAGUGGAGAAUAUGGAGAAGCUGCUGGCCACACUCAAGUCACAGACUAAAGAGAGGGAGACAACCCUGGAGUUGGCACAGGAUCAACAGGCUUUCCUGCAGGACAGCCGCAGACUCCUGCUGUGGGCAGAUGGCAUCAGGGAGAAGCUGGGCAGUGAGGAGAUGGGCAUGGAUGUGGCUUCCGCAGAGCAGUUGCUGAAGGAACAUCAGGACCUUCUGAAGGAAAUUCGCACUCAGAAGGACAGGUUUAUGCAGCUAGAAGAGCUGGGGCAGAAGGUAAUGUAUGGUCAGCCCAGCAAUAGGACCCAGGAUGUGCGCCAGACCAUGGAGAGGCUUACCCAAGAAAGCAGUGAGCUGGAGGAGAUGUGGGAGCAGCGGAAGAAGAAGCUCCAAGACAGCUUGGAAUUGCAGAAGUUCAAUAGGGAAGCAGAUCACAUCAAUGCAACCCUCUCCAGUCAUGAGGCUUUUCUACGAGUAGAUGACUUUGGGGACCACGUGGAUGCUGUUCACACCCUUCUCAAGCGGCAUGAGGAUUUUGAACGACUGCUGAUGGCGUUGAAGCAACGGGCUGAAGUGAUGAAUGAGCAUGGGGAGAACCUAGUGGAGAACAGGCACUUCGCUUCUUGCAUGAUCGAAGAGAGACUGGCUACAUUCCGGAACCGAUGGGAACGACUGAGACAGAGUAAUGAACAGAAAAAAAGGAAGCUGCUGGCAUCUCUUCAGCUGCAGGAGUUCAACCGUGAUGUUGCUGAGCAGCUGAUAUGGAUGGAAGAGAAGUACAAGAUUGCAUCAGAUGAGUCCUAUCGUGACCCAACAAAUAUCCUGCGCAAACUGAAGUGGCAUGAAGCUGCUGAGAAGGAAAUGAUGGCAAACAAGAAGCACUUUGCAGAGCUGAUAAUGACUGGAAAUCAGCUGAUUCAAGAUGACCAUUAUGCUGCAGAUUCUAUCUGGAACAAGAUGUCAGAGCUGAAGAAGAAGUGGGAGAAAUUGUACAACAAAAUGAUAGAGCGAGGAGACAAGCUGAGACAGGCUGGACAGCAAGAACAGCUCAUGGAACUCCUCCAGGAUGCAAAAAAGAAGAUAGAAAAGAUUGAGAAGGUUCUUCAGGAUGCAGAGAUGGGCCAUGACCUGCGCUCCAGCCGUGAUCUGCUCAAGCAGCACAGUCAACUGGAAAAGGAGACGGGGGAGUUGGCUGAGAAAAUGAACUCCAUUGUGUCCUGUGCCAAGAAAAUGGCAACCAAUCACUUUGACUCCCAGAAGAUUCUGGAUGAGACGCAGAAAUAUCUGGAAAGGUUUGAGUCUUUGCAGGUGCCUCUUGAUGAGAGGCACCAGCUGCUGCAGGCAACAGUGGAUCUGUACCAGUUCUACCAUUACUAUGACAUGGAGAUGAAUUGGAUCAGUGAACGAUUGCUCAUUGCCAACUCCACCAACUGUGGCAAGUCCUUGGAUAUGGCUCAAAGCCUGCUGCACAAACACAAGGAAUUACAAGCAGAAGUGAAUGCCCACAAACAGCAAGUUCAGAGGGUGUUGGAGAAUGGAAAGACUAUGAUUGGGUGCAAGCACUCUUCAUUUCAGAGAAUAAAGGAGAAAUGCCAGGAGCUCAGCAACAGCUGGGUGGAGUUGGAGAAGGCAUGUGAAGAGAGGUUGAAGCAGCUGCAACAUUCUGUUGGCUUCCAGCAGUUUUUACUGAAUACCUCAGACCUGGAGACUUGGGUAUCAGAAAAGCUUCCAUUUGUGACCAGCAAAGACUAUGGCAAAGAUGAGGCUGCAACUCUGAAACUCCUCAAGAAACACAAGGCAUUGGAACACGAAAUUGAGGUUUACGAGAAUUUGAUGCUAGAGCUGGGCAAAAUGGCCAAAACCCUUCCUCUCCCCAGCUCCAUCCAGUUUGAUGAGGUUGAUGCCCCACAGGAACAAGUUCACUCUAAGCUCCGGGAGUUCCUGGAGCUGGCCACAGCAAGAGGGAAGAAGCUAGAUGAGACUCUUGGUCUGCAUGAGUAUCUGAGGGAGUAUGAGGAUCUGCAGGACUGGAUCAAUCAGCAGAGGCAGUUGGCCAGCUCUGAUGAUUAUGGCAGUGAUUAUGAACAUGUCCUGCAUCUUUGGGCCAAAUAUGAUACGUUCCAGCACCAGAUAGAAAUGGCUGCCAAGAGAGUUGCAGCUUGCCAGCAGCUGGCAGAGCACUUGCUGGACCAUGGGCAUUCGGAAUCCAGAGAGAUCCGGCAGAGGCAGAAGGAGCUACGGAACUCCUGGGAAGAGUUGUUGCAGAUGACCAGGUUACGAGGCGAGCGACUGAAGGAUGCAGAGGCAAUUCACAAGAGUUACCAAGACCUGACAGAUGCCCUCACCCACAUUGAGGAGAAGUCCAAGAGCAUCCCUGAUGACAUUGCUAAGGACAUGAGAGGCGCGCAGUCCCAGCUACGCAAACAUGCGGCCCUUGAACAUGAGCUCUUAGGGCAUGAGCAGCAGCUGCAGGAGCUGAUCGAUGCUGCAGAUGGCGUGCUGGCCCGGUGCUCUGAGAGACAGGUGGCAGACCUGCAAGCAAAGCAGCAAGCAGUCGUGGAGAACUGGGAGUCCCUGAAGUCUAAAGUGGAACAGCGCAGGGAACAUUUGGAACAGGCCUGCAAGCUUUACCAAUUUCAAGCAGAUGUGUGGGACUAUUUCUCCUGGACAGCAGAGAUGAUGAGGGAAAUGAAGACUGAGGAGACAAUCCGGGAUAUAUCCACUAGCAGCCUGAGGCUUACCCAACAUCAGCAGCUGUUGGCAGAGAUCGAGGCACGAGAAGAGACAUACAAUCGGGUGGCACAGCUAGGACAGUCACUGCUGCAGGAAGAGAAAAUAUCAUCAAAAGAGAUCCAGCAGAAGUUGCAGGCUUUGUUGGAAGAAAAGGCUAAUGUGCACCAUCAAUGGGAGCAGAAGAAGGAGUGGUUGGAGAAGAUACACCGAGAACAAAUGUUCUACCGGGAUCAGGAUCAUUUGGAAAAGAUCCUGAACUCUCAGGAGAUUUAUUUGAAAACCAGUGACCUGGGAAACUCGGUAGAUGAGGUGGAGCGGCUGAUCAGAAAACAUGAGGCUUUUGAGAAGAUUCUGACCUCUCAGGAUGAAAAGGUGACAUCUCUUCAGGAUCAGGCAAAGAGGCUGCAGAAGGAUGAUGGGCUGGAAGGGAUAAGGAUCCAGCACAAACUGAACUCUGUACUUGAGAGGAGGAGUCGGAUCAAAGAUCUGUCUCAGAGUAGACGGGAGAAACUGCAGACCACACUCCUUCUCAUGCUCUUCUACCAGAACCUUGCAGAGGCAGAGGAUUGGAUCAAUGAGCGCAUGCAAAAGCUGGAGGAUCCUUCUAUCCGAGACCACAGCAAUCUGCAGGACAAAAUGAAGCUGCUGCAGAAACAUCAGGUCUUUGAAGCUGAGAUUCUGGCUAAUGAGGAGAUCAUCACAGCUGUUAACAAGAAAGGGGAAGCCCUGGUGUCACAGAGCCACCCAAAAUCAGGGGAGAUCUGUCGUAGGACCCGUGUGCUCCAGGAGCACUGGAAGAAGCUGAAGUGGGCUGUUGCUGCUCAUGGAAAGAUGCUGGAAGACAUUCGGGACUUCCUGGAGUUUCUGCAGAAAGUGGAUCAAGUGGAGGCCUGGAUUAGGGAGAAGGAAGUGAUGAUUAAUAUUGGUGAUGUGGGGAAUGACUACGAACACUGCCUGCAGCUCAUGAAAAAGCUGAAUGAAUUCCGAGGAUCAGCAUCAGGGGAGACGACAGUGGAUGAUGCUCACAUCAAAACCAUCAAUGCCUUGGCCAUGAAACUGGAGAGACAGAACAAGGAAGAGGUGAAGACAAUAUAUCAGCGCCGGAAGCAGCUCAAUGAGAAGUGGACCAGUUUCCAUGGUAACCUGAAUACCUACAGGAGGAAGCUGGAGGGAGCCCUGGAAAUCCAUGCCUUAAUCAGAGAAAUUGAUGACAUCACGGAGAGAAUUAGUGAGAAGAGUGCACUGAUACAAGCAUUGGAUUACGGGAAAGACGUGGAGAGUGUGGCAAACCUGGUGCGACGACAUGAGGAAAUGGAGAGGGAAAUCAGUGUCAUCAAGUCCAAAAUGGAGACAUUGGAAGUGAAAUCUUUCCGCCUUUGCAAGAUGAAUCCAUCCAUAAAUGACAAACUGAGUACAAAGCAAAGAGAGAUGAAAGACAGCUGGCUACGACUCCAGGGGCAGGCCAAACAAAGGAGGGAAAAGUUGGCAGCUUCUUACCAGUUGCAGAAGUUUAACUUGGAGCUAAAGGAGCUGCUAGAUUGGAUUCAAAAAAUCAGAGGCUUAAUGGAGGCAGGGGGUCUUCCCAAAAGCCCAGCUGAGGCAGACAGCAUGAUUGAGGAGCAUCAUGAGAGAAAGGCGGAGAUUGAAGCCCGAAUGAAAAGAUUCCACUCACUUGGCAGCUUUGGUCAGAAACUUGCCAACUCUGGUCAUUAUGCAACCCUUGAGAUCCACCAAUCUCUCUCCAGAUUGCAGCAAGCCUUGUCUGAACUGACACAGGCAUGGCAGGAGCAAUAUGUAAAACUCUUUCAGGCCCAGGACUUACAGAAAUUCUUUGGCUAUGUGGAGCAGAACGAGAGCUGGCUCAGCAGCAAAGAGGCCUUCUUGGCCAAUGAGGAUUUAGGGGAUUCUGUGUCCAGUGUGGAGAGCCUGCAGCGGAAACACAUGCAGUUUGAAAAGGCUCUGGAAGCCCAGAUGGAGAAGAUUAAUGUGAUGGCCUCCUUUGCACAGCAACUGAGGCAGAGCAAGCAUUACGACUCGGAGAACAUCACGAACAAGUGUCAGGCUAUUUUGAGGAGGAAAGAUAAACUGCUGGAGAACGCCCUGGCUCGCAGGCAUGUGCUGGAGGAAUCCAGGUUAUUGCAGAGGUUUCUGCGGAAUUCCUUUGAGGUCGCAGCCUGGAUAAAUGAGAAGACCAGUAUUGCUUUGGAUGAGAGCUGGAAGGACCCGAGCAAUCUGAAGACCAAGCUGCAGAAACACCAGACUUUCCACGCAGAGAUCAUGGCCAACAGAAAUCGCAUAGACAGCAUCAAGGCUGAGGGAGAGAAGAUGCUCCAAGAGGGACAUUAUGCUCCUGAGGCCAUUCAGUCCAGACUGCAAGAAAUGGAAGAGCUCUGGGAUGAGCUGCUGGAAAACUGCCAUGAAAAAAGGACCAAGCUACAGGAUGCCUACAAGGCCCUGCGUUUCCAGCGGAGUGUGGAGGAUAUAGAGAAAUGGCUGGAAGAUGUGGAAAGCGAGCUGAAGCCUCCAGAUAGUAGCAGUGACCUGGUGGUUUUGAAUAGUCUCCUGAAGAAACAAGGGGCAUUGGAGGAAGAUGUUGCUAGCCACAGCGAUCGGCUACAAGUGCUUGUGGACACAGCCUGCAAAUUCCAGCAAGAGAAGCAUUUUCUUGCAGAUGAGCUACAGGAGAGGGUUGAUCAGGUGGUGCACAGGUACAAGCACCUAAGUGAUCCACUGCAGGAGCGGCGUGGGAGUUUGGAAGCGAGCAGGCUACAGUACCAGUUCUUCCGGGAUGUUGAUGAUGAGUUGGCCUGGGUUCAUGAGAAGCUCCCCCUGGCUUCCUCCAAGGACUAUGGCCAAUCUCUGACAACAGUCCAAAGCUUACAGGAAAAGCACCAGAACUUGGAGAAUGAGAUUAGCAGCCGUGAUGCUCUAACAAAAGUGGUGGUCAGCACUGGGCAGAAGCUGGUGAGGGGUGGGCAUUCUGCCUCCCAGGAGAUCAUGAAACGUUUGAAGAAGCUGGAGACUUCUGUAGAAAUCUUGAAGGCUGAGGCUCAAGAGAGAAGAAGGAGACUCAUGCAAUCAUAUGAGGCCCAUCAAUUCCUCAGUGAGCUUUUGGAAGUGGAGUCCUGGAUGGCAGACAGGGGGUUCAUCCUUGAGACAUCUGACUGUGGGAAGAAUGAAGAAACCACCCAGGUGUUGCUUCGCAAACUGGAGGCUACCAAGCUGGACGUGGAAGGGUUCAAGCCCCGAAUUGAGAAGCUUCAGGAGACUGGCACCAAUCUAGUAAACAGCGAUAACCCAGAGAGUUCAGCCAUGCUUCUGAAACUCCAGGCUGUCCUAGCAAACUACAAGUCUCUUCUACAGAGAGCCGAGACCCAGAGGAGACACCUGCAGGAACAAUACCAAUUGUACCAGUUUGAGAGAGAGAUCCAGUUAGUGGAUGCCUGGCUUUCCAGCAGACAGACUGUGGCAGAAUCAGAUGACUAUGGGCAGGAUUUGGAAGAUGUUGAGGUGCUGGAAAAAAAGUUUGAAGAUUUUAUAAAGGAGGUGAAACCUCUGGGACAUACUAAGGUUUUCUCGAUAAAUGAAUUAGCAUCUCACCUGGAGAAAGAGUGCCACAGCCAGAUAGGAGAUAUCCAGAGGAGGACCCAUCAGGUCAAUGACACAUGGGAGAGACUAUGCCAAGCCAUCCAGACAAGGACAGAGAAUCUGAGAGCAGCCCAGCAAGUUCACCAGUAUGACCACGAUGUGGAUGAGCUAAAGGGUUGGAUGCAGGAGAAAGAGGCAGUGGUGGACAUAGACGAUUAUGGAUAUGACCUGCCGGGUGUGCAGACCCUCCUCAGCCAGCAUGAAGGAGUGGAGAGAGACCUUGCAGCCAUCGCAAAAGAGCUGGAGCGAAUCCAAGGGGAGGCUCGGCGUCUCAGUCAGCUCUACCCACAGGCCAGGGAGAACAUAAUGGAGAGACUCACAGAGGUGGAUGAAUGCUGGGAGAAACUGAACAAGAAGUCUGUGGAGAGGAAGGAGAGGCUGAGCCAGGCAGAACAGGUCCAGGUCUACUUCAACGACUGCAGGGAGCUGAUAGUUUGGGCCAAUGAGAUGCAUGCACUGGUGAUAUCUGAGGAACUAGCAAGCGAUGUUCUUGGUGCUGAGCUGCUAAUCAAGCACCAUGAAGAGUAUAAGCGUGAAACAGAGAAGCAGUGGCUAAAAUAUGAAGAUAUGCAGCGGGCAGGGAACAACCUGGUGAAAAACGGACACUUCAUGUCCAUGGAGAUUGAGGAAAAACUGUCAGAGCUGUCAGAACUGAUGAAGAAGGUGAAGGAGAGCUGGGAUUUGAGGAAGGAGCUGUAUGAGGAAAACUGGGAGAUCCAAUUACUAAGGCGAGAGCUGGAUCAAGCAGAGGCAUGGCUGGCUGCCAAGGAGGGCUUUCUCUCAGAUCCUAGCUAUGGGGAUUCAGUGUCUGAUGUAGAGGAACUGCUGAAGAAACACCGGGACUUUGAGACGAUGCUUGCAGCCCAAGAGGAGAAGUUUGUACAGCUGAACAGGAAAACAAAGAGGGAAAUGAAGAUACUGAAGCAGAUUUAUGCUGAGGAAAAUGGGCAAAAGGAGAGAGGGAAAAUCAUUAGGGUCCCAUCUCUGAGAAGGAAGCCCUCAGACAGAAGGAUCCCACCCUCAAGACUGAUAGAGAUAAAGAGAACCAGACCGUUGGCAUCUCUAUCCUCCUCACCCAGCCUCGCCUUGAGGGGUCCCCUUGAAACUGUUGUCUCUCCAGUCCAAAAGUCCACCGAGGCAUUCCAGCAAUUUGGGUCUGGGGAAAAUCCAGAGAUGUUGCCCAGCACCAAUGGAGAAACGAAAGCUGUGAAGAGGCUCAGUGAGAUUAACGCUCAACCUACGCCAAAACUGAUGGGCCUGCAAGUCACGUCCUUGGGAAGCCACAUCUCUCCUCCCAGUCCAGUAAACAGACAAAGUGCCACCAGUUUGUCAGAACCAUAUUCCAAGGACCUCUUAUCACCCUCUGAGAAAAACCUUAGCAGUUUCCCCGUCUCUAACGUGGAAAUAAAAGUUGUGAAGACUUCACCUAGGUCUAGCCAAAGUUCAUUAGAUGUUUCUCCACAUUCACCACAGUCCAGUUCCUCUCUUGAGAGGUCAGAAAAUGACCUUUUGGUUUCUGUAAAUCACCAGAACAUGGAGGGGUUACUAGAAAAAAGGGACCAGCUUCUUCCAGGACGUAAGCAGCCACAGUCAAGGACUUGGAACUCCUAUUAUGUAAAACUCAACAAACAAAAACUUGACUUCUACAAUGAUGAAACGGAAGCGUCCAAGACCGUAACCACAAUCCCAUCAAUCAGUGUUGCUGGUGCCAAGUGUGAGAGGCUGACUGACUAUGCCAGGAAAGAGAACACCUUUCAUUUACGGUUGAGUGAUGGGGCAGAAUACUACUUUGCAGCACCUUCUCAGAAGUUGAUGGAUGAAUGGAUACAAGCACUUAGGAGUACUAUAGGCCACAGUAACAGUCAUGGUUCUAAGCUGAUGGCACAACCAGUCGCUCUAAAUACAGAGAGUCCUCAGACCAGACCUUGGAACGUCCCAGGUGGAGGGCCCGCUGAAAGACAAACCAGCAGAGGCUUCCUACCCAGGAGAACUCCUUCCUUCAAACUCAGGCAAGAGAAAGAAUCUGCAAACAUUCCCAGGGAAUCUGAGGGAGACACACAUGGGAUUAUGAGGACACCAAGCUCCACCUCUGUCCAGAACCCUGCAGACAUGGGAACCAAGGCUGAGGAUCAGAGUGUGCAGACCAAGCGCUUAGCAAAUCCACAGACCCAGAUGAAAGAAGAUCUAGCGAUUGAGGGCAGGAAGGAGAAAUGCAAGAAAGAUAAGAAUGUCUUUCAAAAGUUUUUUUCCAAAAAGUAAGAGCAGCAGCACAAGAGAGCGCGCACUCUUCAGUUUUCUGGAUGAGACAGACUCUUCCCCUUCAUAGCACCCUAUUGCCUUGGAGUCCAGAUGGAUAGUGAGCAAGUGAAAUGUGUAUGGGAGAAGGGAAUGCUCAAGCAUUGGGAAAAGAGACAGCACUUUGAAAAGAAUAGAACUGUCACUGUUUUAACAAAUUGAACUUGGGUGGAUCAAUGUACCUGGUUGUACCAGGCCUAUAGAAGGCUUUUGUUUAAAUUGAAUGCUCAUGAAUGUGAGGAAAUAAUAGUGCUGGCUAAUGUCUGGUAUACUCCUUAUCCCCACCCAUCAUGGCAAAUUGUGUGAUGAUGACUAAUGUCUACCAGGGACUAAGAUAAGAUACAACUGAAUUCGUAUCUACUUAUUGCAUAAGCUGCACUUUGAUCCCAAAUCUCUAUAGAUGAACCACUAGUGUAUUCACCCCGUCCCCCCCACAAUGUGUCCAUGCAAUGUCUUAAAUUAAAAUUAGGAUAUCUCCAUUAAUUUAUCUCCUAGAAUUGGAAGAGACCUUGAAAGGUCAUUGAGUCCAGCCCCCUGCCUUCACUAGCAGGACCAAGUACUG